AUGGCUGGCAAUCAAUAUCGACUCGUUUGGGAAGAUCAAUUCUCAGACGACGGUCCUGUCGAUCGAAAUAGAUGGGACUUUGACAUCGGCACUGGAGAUAACGGCUGGGGUAAUCAAGAAGCACAAUUCUACACCGAUCGAACUGAAAAUGUCCGAUGUGAAAAUCAACGACUGAUCAUCGAAGCACACCGUGAAGAUUAUCAAGGCCAACGAUUCACUUCAGCUCGACUGAAAUCAAAAAUGUCCUGGACUUAUGGUCGACUUCAGGUGAAAGCGAAACUUCCAUUGGGUAGAGGUCUCUGGCCAGCGAUAUGGAUGCUACCUCGAACAAAAACCUAUGGCAACGCAUAUUGGCCCGAUAAUGGAGAAAUCGAUGUAAUGGAACAGGUCGGCUACGAUCCAAAUAAGAUUGUGUCGAGUGUACAUACAGCGGAAUAUAAUCAUAUGAAAAAUACACAACCCACCCAUGGUGUAGAUGUGCCGGAUGCUUGCUCAAACUUCAAAAUCUAUACUCUGAAUUGGACUUCUGACCAACUUGAAAUGUUCGUUGGUGAUGACAAUCAGCCAUUUGAACAGCGAAUUCUCGUAUGGGAUAAAGGGAAUCAAGGUUGGCAAAGAUGGCCUUUCGACAAAGACUUUUUCAUUAUUCUCAAUAUCGCCAUUGGUGGUACAUGGGGAGGACAACAUGGAAUUGACGAAAGUAUUUUUCCAAAACGAAUGGAAAUUGAAUGGGUUCGGUUCUAUAAGCUUGAGAGUGAAAAUAUUGGGACCCAAAGUGCACCUGCUGCUCACCGAGUGAUUGCACUUCGAUCCAAUGCCAAUGGUAAAUUCGUCUGUGCUGAAAAUGGCGGCAAUGGUUCACUGAUAGCCAGUCGAGAUGCUGUCGGUAGUAGUUGGGAGAAAUUUGAUCUUAUUACUCUCGAUGGAAAUAAAGUUGCUCUACGAUCACAUGCAAAUGGAAAAUAUGUGUGUGCAGAAGCUGCAGGAAAAAAACCUUUGAUUGUUAACCGCAAUGGAAUCCAUGCGUGGGAAACGUUUCAAAUGAUUUAUCGUGGUGAAAAUAAAGUAGCGUUCAUUGCCGUUAACGGCAAAUACGUUUGUGCAGUAGACUAUGGCAGAGGUGCUUUAACUGCCGAUCGCACAAAUGUUGACGCCUGGGAGACUUUUGAUUUAGUUCCACAAUGA